UAGUGGUAUCACAAAUCAUCAUGGAACCCCAAAUUUACGCGACUUUGACACCGAUAAACGCACUCGCCAGAUUGGCCCUUAGUGAAACAUACGACGUCCUUACCGCCGGGCAGCAAAACUCCCUCCGCGAGGGUCCUCUAUGCCGCAUGAAGGUUGAACCGCAACAGCGGUACAACAAGGAUGUAUCUCAGUUAAGGCGAGAGUUGCAGAGAAGAUCAGACAAGGGCGAUGGCUUUACCAGCGACAGCCUAACCGAGCCCGAAUCUGCGAACGAGAUAGAAAACAACCAACAACUGGGUACAAUUUGGGAAGGACAGUAUCUUUUGGGCUUUAAUCCUCAGCCCAGGAUAGCGGAAGUCGGAUGGAGAGUGGGUAAGAGUAGCCAAGUGCUAAAUUCACAACAUCCAGACCUGGUUCUAUGCACGCCAGUGUUUGCGAAGAAGCACAGCCUCAAUAUCCGGACUGCACACGCACGAUUCAAUUUCUGUAAGGAGAACUCGGCGUUGUUUAUCGCGGGGAGGCGAUCUCAGCACGCCGAGCUCAAGAUCAAUGGCAUUAUUGUUACCGAGCAACUAUUUGCUCUAAACCAGCGCUCAAUGAAGGUCGACUUUGAUAGGCUCACGUACGAACUCCGAUUUACAGCAUGGGCCGAUACGGAGGAAUUCAAGUCCACGAGACGCAGGUACUUAACCACAGUUUUGGGGGUGCAGGCGAUUCUUGAUUUUGAAAUGCCGACUCCCCGCCACGAUGUGCAGAUGAUGGGAAAUUGGACUUUGGCUCAACCACUUGGCCGAGGCGGCAUUGGAAGAGUUUUCCUUGCCUCUAAUGCAAAGAAUGAAGUGGCUGCCGUCAAAAUUAUGGACAGAGAUUCUGAUACACAACACAGUGUAGAUGAAGAGAUCUCCACGCUCGAAAGACUAACAGCUCUUGCUCGAAAUUGGGGUGAAACUGGGUCUAUGGUACAGCUACGGGAAGUAGUCGGCAAAUUUUCCGAUGCUCCGUUUGAACAAGUCGCGGUUGUCUUGAUCCCCAUGACACCCAACACUUUUUGGGAACUCGUACAACGAAAAAACGAAAGCUGGAACGGAAUGAAGAGGGAAGAGGCGCAACUGUUCCGCAGUCUUCUACUGCAAGUGAAGGUCUUGCACGACAGAGGCUGGCUGCACGGCGACCUAAAACCGGCAAAUGUCGGCAUAAUUGGGACGCCACAACGGGCCGUACUUUUGGACAUAGGCAACGCGAAACACUUGAGACCAGGCUGCCAUCUGAAUCCUACUCCGGGUUCUGGCGGUACUAUUGGAUACAUUGCCCCUGAAAGGGAGAUGGAGUCGUAUGACCGCUCCAUAGAUAUUUGGAGCUUGGGAGUCAUCGGCUAUGAGAUAACAUACGGUCAUCCGCCAUGGAAACAAACGCAGAAUCCAUGGCGCAGAGACCGCUGUAACAGCCUCCGUGAAGCUUUCCACAAACAAUACGACGACACCAUCACGAAAUUGGCAUCCGAUUCCAAGGUGGUACCAAUGGAAACGCACAUUCAGCUUGGCGAGCUUAUCACACAGAUGCUGAGGCAUUCUAGGGCUCGACAAAACAACCAUGCUCGUAUUUGCAUAAACGAGGCUCUUAAACACCCAGCCUGGGGCUCCUUGCGGGACGAUAUGCCUCGAGAAGCCAAGAGACAAAAGGGGCUAUCGUGAUUUAGCCUAGAUAGCGCCACCCACUUCAAUACAUGGUUCAAAUGACAAGUAAAUCUAACUGCCUGUGUGUGGGCAUGCGUUAUAAGAUAUGUUUGCUAGUGAUAAGACAGGCUUGUCGGCAAUCGUGAAUACCCCCAACAUACGCGAGUGGUAAAGUCUUCUGGGUUCCUGGCCUGCGAGCAUUUGAGUCUGCCCUGAAUCAAACGUCUACCACUCAUGCACAACCCGUACCUUGCGCUCUUUUGUUGCAGGUCAAACCAAGUCAACGGCAUCAAGUCCCCCCUUGCCCUGGCGGGCAUGGCUGGCCUCGAUAGCAGCCGCAAUAUGAACUUAACCAAGUGGGUCCUUGAAGUUGCGCUUCUGUGGUUCUCGGUAUGGAGCACUGGCGUGCCGGACCUGGGCUAUUGCAGCUUCAGUAGACCCAAGCCUUGAUCUGAGAGAUCGACGGCCUGAUUGUCACCUCACAGGCAUAUAGAUCCGUAACGAAGCUUAGUCACCAUCAUUGUUUUGACACAAGAAG